AUGAUCUCUCUACAGAGUGAUCUCCCUCGUAACCUGCCCAAUAAUAUCCCUCCAUCUACAGGAGAAUCUCAUAGCGUCACCUGUCAACAGCCUCCUCGAACUAUAAAAUCACAAAACCCAAAUGCCUUUUAUUCUUCAAAAGAUAUUCCUGCAGGCUAUGAAGAAAUUGGAGAUGAUGAAGAAGAUACCACGCUGAGCCAUAUAUCCACAUCAUUUCAGAACCCGGGAUGUGUUUAUUCUUACAAAAUCUCAAGGGCACUGCGGGGAGCUCCCAAUCUGAAAAUGCAGAAGUCCCAAUGCCAGUGCUACCCGCCUCUACCACCCAUUCUUUAA